CAGUUCAUGAGAAGGCAACAAGUUCUCCUCCUCUACAGAAAGAUUUUGCGAGCCAUUAGGCAAGUUCCAAGCGAUUCUGACCGGAAGUACCUUCAGGACUGGGCCAGGGAAGAAUUCAAAAGAAACAAAAAUGCCACAGAAGAGGAUACAAUACGAAUGAUGAUUACUCAAGGCAGUAUGCAGCUAAAGGAACUAGAAAGGACACUUGCGUUAGCAAAAUCUUAAUGGAAAGACACAGGCUGAAAGCCACUGCCACAAAUCCUCAGUGGCACAAGAAAAGAUGAUCAUGCUAAUCAAGAAUGCAAAUCAAGGCAUUAACAUUUCCUCUACAGUGGCUGCAAUUAAAUAGUGAACUAAGGUGACGGACGGGAGCUUGGAACAUUGCUCAGGUGAAGGUAAAAUACCAGCUUCCACAUUUUGGAAAACAGACCAUUAGUUCUUGAAAAAGUAACAAGAUGGGGUUGGUGAGAUGGCUCCAAGGUUAAGGCUCUGCCUGCUAAGAACCUGAGUUUGACCCCUGGGACCCACAUGGUGGGAGGAAACCACUCCAGAAAGUUGUCUUCUGACCUCCACACAGGCACUGUGGCACCUAAAAAAGAGAGAAUGUAAUUAAAAAUAAAUAAAAGGUGACUGUUACCUCAUACUUCAGCAAGUCUUAGCUUUAACCAAGAGAACUGAAGCAUGCCUAUAAAAAGUGUAUACAGGAUUCACCAAUUUUUGUUUUUGGUUUUUUUGUUUUUGAAACAGCUUUUCUCUUUGUAGACCAGGCUGGCCUCAAACCUAGAGAUCCACCUGCCUCUGCCUCCUGAGUGCUCAGAUUAAAGGUGUGCACCACCACGACUAAAUGAAUUCAGUGUUCUUCAUGAUAACCAGAUACUGGAUUCAGAAUAUCCAUUAACUGAUACUUGGGUAUAUAAAAAUGUAGUGUGUUCUACAAUAAAAUAUUAUUUUGCAAUGAGUGCAGAACUGUUCCCUGCUCCCCAUGGUGACCUUGAUAGCGUUGUUAAGUUAGAGGAGCCGAGUAUAAAAGAGUCCCUGCCUCUACUUGCCGUGGGUACUGCCUUAGGACCAGGGAUAGGAGGACAGUGUUCCCAGUGAACAGAUAGUGCUGCUUGGAGAGAUGUGGAGAAUAACAGUCUAAUGGCUUUACAACUCUGAACAUUUUAAGGAUAUACUGAUGUCCAUUUGAGUGAGAGAAUGUGAUUAAGUUCACAGACAGCCUUAGUAUAAAACUGGGGUAUGAGGUGUAAUUCACAAGAGUAGAUUUCUCCAUUUGUCAAAGGAAACAUUCUAAUGAAAAUGUUUACAUAUAAACACAAUGUCCAAAUUUUAUAUCAGUUAGAGUCAGCUCUGCAGUUCUCAUGCUUUGAAGGUAAGUAAGGUUUACAGUCCAGAGGAGACCAGAUGUUUUUGGUUAGACACAGGAGAGCUUUGUGCCUUUUUCAAUAAACAGUUUAAUGACAAGAUGUAGAAUAUGUGUGGAUUUUACUGUGCCAUCUUUAGACUGUAAGAGUAUGGUAUGUUGUCACCUCUCUAUCUCAAACAAAAACCCAAACCCCAAAAACAACCCGGAUACAGGACUGACAGUAUACUAACUCUAGGAGAUAUUCUAGAACAAUGGUUCUGAACCUGAAUGACAUGGUGCACAGGGGUCACAUACCAGAUACUUAUAUUAUAGUUUACAACAGUAGCAAAAUUACAGUUAUGCAGUAACAAAAUAACUAUGGGUGGGAUCACCACAACAUGAGGAACUGUGUUAAAGGGUCACAGCAUUAGCAAGGCUGAGAACCACUCUUCUAGGACCUGGAAAACCUUUUUUGCCCUUCAGAGUUGUGAAGUUACUUUCUUCAGGUGUGUUACAGUUUCAUGACCAUAGAACUAAGACCUCACAGAGCAUCUGGAGCUUUGUUGGAAAUAAAAGAGAUGAGAACAUUGAAACACCAAAAAGAGGAGGGAAGACUGGGCAAUUCUUAUCUCCCAAGCCUAAUAUCCUUGUGGACACUGAAUCAUCAAGAAAGAACCUUGGUACAUUGUGCUCUCCUUCAAAAAUUGAGGAAAGAAAAAUACAUCACAGAGUUGACAUCAGGAUAAAAUUAUACACAAUUUAGCGAAAUAUGUGAAAGUGGAAAUCUGAAGAUUCUGAAAUGAUUGCGUAAGCAGAAACCCAUGUCCAUCAACAGAACACAGAUGCCAGACGGGGAACCUGACUAGUGUCCUGUACUGGAUGCCUGGAAAGAUGGUGCAGAAAGAGCUAUGUUGCCACCCGAACACAGCACCACCUCCUGGAGCCUUAGGGUCCCAUGCAUGCUCUGCAUGAGAGUGAUCUAAUUCAGACUGCUUUCAUAAGCCAAUUUUGUUUGUUUUUCAAAUAUACAGCAUAUGCAAAAAUA